GGGGGUGACAUCACGAUACUGUUUGUGGGCCCAAAACCUGCUGCGCGCGGCGGAGACGGCGUACAGGAGAGUACAGAAUAACAAAUCAGAUUCCAGGAAGCAGCGAGACAAAGAGGCACUGGCAAAUAGAGAAGGGGGGCAAACACGCGCUUACGGCUGCGUCGGCGAGAACGCAGCUGAAUAGUAAAGCUGUUCGAACAUAUUAGGGAUUUAUAGACUCUUUAAACUAGAAAGGUGGUGCAUGCAAGAAAACCACGGUAGCAAAAGUAGCAGCCUAGCCUGCAAGUCAGCAAGCAUGCCCAGUUCUUUAUACCAUGCAGAUAUAGAGACGGCGGGAGGGGGGCCAAGCCUUCUUUUGGGGGGCCGUGCAAUGGUAGCCGGGGCUCUACGAGAAACUGGCGGUGAAAUACAAAACCACGACCACAGGGAGACAGAGACUCUGAAGUUCACGUUGCAGCAGUUAUCUAUUCUGGGUCUAGAAGACAGCUGCGGGAGUCUCGCUGCUGUAUCCCAAAGCGUUGAGGAUGCUGGAGGUUGCGUUGUAGAAAUUGAUGAAUCGGACAAUAGUAGUAAGCUUGACAAUGGAGGAAGUGGUGGGGGACUUGGAGGACUGCAGCUGUUACCCCCUGCUAGUCCUUGUAGUAGUGUUUCACAGGAUCUUUUUAGUACAUUCAGUCCUUUGAGCCAUUCAGUUGUGAGCGAGCAGAUGAAUGUGAUCGGUAACCGUAAAAAGAGCGUAAACAUGACAGAAUGUGUACCGGUACCUAGCUCGGAACAUGUGGCAGAGAUCGUAGGCAGACAAGGUUGUAAGAUCAAAGCCUUGCGUGCCAAGACAAACACUUACAUUAAGACACCAGUGCGGGGAGAGGACCCUCUUUUUAUUGUGACUGGCAGAAAAGAAGAUGUAGAAAUGGCCAAGGCAGAAAUUCUUUCUGCUGCCGAACAUUUUUCCAUGAUUCGGGCUAGCCGUAACAAAGCCAAUGGUUUAAGUAUGCCUCUUCCUGGGCCCCCUAAUCUACCAGGGCAGACUACUAUCCAGGUCCGGGUACCUUACCGUGUUGUUGGACUUGUUGUAGGACCAAAGGGGGCUACUAUUAAACGGAUUCAGCAGCAGACACACACGUAUAUUGUCACUCCAAGCAGAGACAAAGAACCAGUGUUUGAAGUAACGGGUAUGCCAGAAAACGUUGAUCGGGCCCGGGAAGAAAUAGAAGCUCACAUAACCAUGAGGACAGGCUCUUUCAUUGAGUUGAAUGGGGACACUGACUUUCAUGCAAAUGGUUUGGAUGUCAGUCUCGAUAGUACUGGUAUUCUAACUAGCAGCCUCUGGGCCAAAGCACCGAAUUCAGCUCGCAGAUCAUCUGCAAACUUUCGUAAUGACAGCCUGAGUUCUUUGGGGAGCACAUCUGCAGAGACUUACUAUAGCAGCCGUGUGACUGAUCCUGGCCCCAGUAGCACUUUCACUACAAGCAGCACCGUUGGGCUCACUUUCAAUGAGGCACAGACAUCUACUAAUUCUGAGGAGCGUGAAUUUGGAUUUGAAUUUCCAGCUGUUGACUUUAAAGCCCCAGGAACCAUCUGGUGCCCCUUUGAGCGUUCCACCCAAGUGCAGGCCUUUAGCAGCUGCUCUACAGUUAGUGGUCCCCAGAGGCGCAACAAUAGUAUCAGUGGAACUACUACACCACGACUCUCACCAACACUUCCAGAAAAUGUUGUGACUGUAGAUCAUCCCUUGGCCCGCCGUGCCCAAAGUGACCCCCUAAGUACCUUGUCGUGGCUACCAGCUCAAGGCUCACUUUCAUCUUUUUCCAACAGCACUGGUUACUCAUCUUCUUCAUCUCUUCCUGGAAGUAUCUCUGUUACUUCAGGCUCACCUACUGAUUCCAGCAGCUCUGAUGGCCGUCGAAAGAGCACUCGUGACUGCAUGGUCUGCUUUGAGAGUGAAGUAAUAGCUGCUUUAGUUCCCUGUGGUCACAACCUCUUCUGCAUGGAAUGUGCCAUCCGUAUUUGUGAAAAGCCAGAUGCAGAAUGCCCAGCUUGCCAUUCUCCUGCCACCCAAGCCAUACGAAUCUUCUCGUAGCGUUUCCUAGCAACCACCACCCCACUUCUGUUGUCAUAGACAGUGGAGAGGGGUGAUGGUUGGGGGUAGGGGAAAAAAAACAAAAGUAAAUAAUCCAUAGACUUACCCCCCCCCCCCCCCCCACAUUCAUUGGUUAACAUAAAAAUACAGUACAUCUUUUUAGAAGAAGUUUUUCUUUAUCUGACAGGAAAAUUGUAUUCCUAGAAUUUGAAAUGUUUACAGCAUAGCUUUAACUCUUGUUCAUUUGUGGUGGCCUGGAUGGGAUGAAUGCCAGGUUUCUCUUUACUUGUUUACUAAUAGCAGUAUUCAUUUAAAAAUCUUAAUUAGAAAGGGUCCAUUGCACUUUUUUUUUGGGACGUUUUUUUUUUUUUUUUUAAUACUUUGUACGUAGCAUUUUUUUAGCUUUUAUUUUUGUACGAAUUUUAACUUGUAUACAAUGCGAAUGUGAAUGGCCAAAUGUGUCCUAUAUUGUUUUCUUACCAAGUUUGGUACGGAAUGCACAAACCACACAAGCAAACACACAUAUAAAUAUAUAUAUAUAUAUUAUAUAUACAUAUAUAAACUAAAAACAGUUUUUAUCUUAUUUUUUGUUUACCUUUUUCUGUGUAUAUGUAGGAAAUUUAUAGGAGAUACGUACUUUAUUGAAGAAAUUUUAAGAAUUAAAUAUAUUUUAUUUUAAAAAUAACAGACCUUUAUCCAUCCUGGACAAAGUACUGAUAUAUUUACUCAACUGACUUGACAGUUAUGGAAAUUGUAUUAAGAGUUUUAUUUUUUGACUUCAGAGCAUUUGUAAUAAAGAAUUUUUGCUAUAUGAAGUUU